UUCAAAAUCAGAGACAGAAUUUUAUUUAAAGCCGUUUCCAGAUUUCUCGUUUUGAGGAAAAACGGAAUACGAGUCAUUUUUUCGUUUGGUGGAGAAAUCAACUGUUAAAAUUUACACUCACCGGACCUGCUGAGUGAAGUCAUUUACUCCAUUGGCCAAACCGUCUAUCACAAGAACUCUGACAGCUGAUUGGUCAGGCUGUUUGGGUUUCCUGCCAUCUCCUCGUGUCUACCAGAAGCUUCCAGGAGAGAGUGCUGUCACAAUGAUCGGCCAGCAGGUUUUAGUACUCAAUCAGAACAUUAAAAGAGAGUCCGGACGCAAAGUCCAGACAGGGAACAUCAAUGCUGCAAAGAUGAUUGCAGAUGUAAUCAGGACCUGCCUUGGCCCCCGGGCCAUGAUGAAGAUGUUGCUGGACCCCACAGGAGGUAUCGUGAUGACCAAUGAUGGAAAUGCUAUACUCCGAGAGAUCCAGGUCCAGCAUCCCGCAGCCAAAUCAAUGAUAGAGAUAAGUCGCACCCAGGAUGAGGAGGUGGGAGACGGGACCACAUCAGUCAUUAUUUUAGCCGGUGAGAUGCUGUCUGUGGCCGAGCAGUUCCUGGAACAGCAGAUGCAUCCGACCGUCGUCAUCGGUGCCUACAGGCAGGCUCUGGAGGACAUGCUGGACACUCUGAAGGAGAUCAGUUCCCCUGUUGACACGUCCGAUCGCUCCAUGAUGCUGAAGAUUGUGCACUCUGCCAUCAACACCAAGGCUUUGAGCCGCUGGUCUGAACUGGCCUGCAGCAUUGCGUUGGAUGCUGUUCGCACUGUAGAAGUGGAGGAAAGUGGACGCAAAGAGAUUGACAUCAAGAAGUAUGCUAAGGUGGAGAAGGUUCCAGGUGGGAUCAUUGAGGACUCAUGUGUUCUGAGAGGAGUCAUGCUGAACAAAGAUGUUACCCACCCAAGGAUGAGACGCAUGAUUAAAAACCCUCGAAUUGUCCUGCUGGACUGUUCCUUGGAGUACAAGAAGGGGGAAAGCCAGACAGACAUAGAGAUCAGUAAGGAGGAGGAUUUUGCCAGGAUCCUGCAAAUGGAGGAAGAGUACAUCCAGCAAAUCUGUGAGGACAUCAUUCGCCUGAAACCAGACCUGGUCUUCACUGAGAAGGGAAUCUCUGAUCUGGCUCAACAUUACCUGGUGAAAGCAAACAUCACUGCUAUCCGCCGCGUGAGGAAGACAGACAACAACCGCAUUGCCAGGGCAUGCGGGGCUCGUAUCGCCAGCAGGACAGAUGAGCUGCGUGAGGAGGACGUGGGAACAGGGGCUGGGCUGUUUGAGGUCAAGAAAAUUGGGGACGAGUAUUUCACUUUUGUAACAGAGUGUAAAGACCCCAAAGCCUGCACCAUCCUUUUGAGGGGGGCCAGCAAGGAAAUCCUGGCUGAGGUUGAGCGGAACCUACAGGAUGCCAUGCAGGUCUGCCGUAAUGUGCUGCUGGACCCCUUCCUGCUGCCAGGUGGUGGCGCCACAGAGAUGGCUGUGUCCAAGCGUCUUACAGAGCAGUCCCGUUCUCUGACUGGCAUUGAACAAUGGCCCUACCGCGCUGUGGCCCAGGCCCUAGAGGUCAUCCCCAGAACCUUGAUCCAGAACUGUGGAGCCUCUACCAUCCGGGUCCUGACCUCCCUGAGGGCCAAACACACUCAAGACAACAGUGUGUAUUGGGGAGUGGAUGGUGAAACCGGCAAUUUGACUGACAUGUCCUCUCUGGGGAUCUGGGAACCACUCGCUGUGAAAGCUCAGACCUACAAGACUGCUGUGGAGACGGCCAUCCUGCUGCUGCGCAUUGACGACAUUGUGUCUGGCCACAAGAAGAAGGACAAAGACGAUGCCAUUGGAGGACAGGGAGCUGAGUAGAUCCAGAGUUAGUCGCUGAGUGUGUGUGGAGACCAGACUAACUGAACAUUAAUUCAACCAUCAUAAUAAAACUCAAGUUACAAACUG